GUCAGCUGGUUACUAUAGCGACAGAACAACAAUUCCCAUUAUGCUUAGCGAAUAUGUUUCCGGAAGUAAAUAGUUCUGUUUCCUGGUUGUCUCCUGCGAAUUUGGACUGAGAAGGGUCUGAAGUAGUGUUUUGUUUUUAACACUUGAAAUUUAGUGAUUGAAGAACACAGAGACGGUCUAGUCUUGACGCAACCAUGCCGCCUGGGCCUGUUCAAAUAGUUCAGCCGGAGCCCAACAACAAUAAGGCCGACGAACCAAAAGAUGAAACUCCAGCUACAAAGCCAAUCGUGGGAAUCAUUUACCCGCCCCCCGAAGUUCGGAACAUUGUUGACAAGACCGCCAGCUUUGUAGCCAGAAAUGGACCAGAGUUUGAGGCCAGGAUCCGGCAGAACGAGAUCAAUAACCCUAAGUUCAACUUUCUGAACCCCAAUGACCCCUACCAUGCCUACUACCGGCACAAGGUCAACGAGUUCAAGGAGGGAAAGGCGCAGGAACCCUCUGCUGCUGUUCCCAAGGUCAUGCAACAGCAGGCCUUGCAGCAGGCCCCCCAACAGCAGCUUCCCCAGAAGGUUCAGGCCCAGGUAAUCCACGAGACGGUGGUGCCCAAGGAGCCCCCGCCAGAGUUUGAGUUUAUCGCUGACCCGCCGUCAAUCUCAGCCUUCGACCUCGACGUGGUCAAGCUGACGGCCCAGUUCGUGGCCCGCAACGGCCGGCAGUUCCUCACGCAGCUGAUGCAGAAAGAGCAACGCAACUACCAGUUUGACUUCCUGCGGCCUCAACACAGCCUCUUCAACUACUUCACCAAGCUGGUGGAGCAGUACACCAAGAUCCUCAUCCCUCCCAAAGGACUUCUGCUGAAACUGAAGAAAGAGGCGGAAAACCCCAGGGAAGUGAUGGACCAGGUUAGGUACCGUGUGGAGUGGGCCAAGUUCCAGGAGCGCGAGAGAAAGAAGGAGGAAGAAGAGCGAGAGAAGGAGCGUGUGGCCUAUGCUCAGAUUGACUGGCAUGACUUUGUUGUGGUGGAGACAGUGGACUUCCAGCCCAAUGAGCAAGGUCACUUCCCCCCUCCCACAACACCCGAGGAGCUGGGAGCCCGCAUUCUGAUCCAGGAGCGCUACGAGAAGUUCGGAGAGAGCGAGGAGGUGGAGAUGGAGGUGGAGAGCGAGGAUGAGGAGGACGACAGGGAGGACCGUGACGAAGGUCACCCCUCGCAGCCCGACCAGGACACACAGCUGCAGGACAUGGACGAGGGCUCUGAUGAUGAGGAUGAUAUGAAGGCACCUCUGCCCCCAGACAACCCCAUGCCACCCCCUUUGCCGCCAACCCCAGACCAGGUCAUCAUCCGCAAGGACUACGACCCCAAAGCCUCCAAGCCCCCAGCCCCCGUGGCCGCUCCGGACGAGUACCUCAUCUCCCCCAUCACGGGAGAGAAGAUCCCGGCCAGCAAGAUGCAGGAGCACAUGCGCAUCGGGCUGCUGGACCCGCGCUGGCUGGAGCAGCGGGACCGCAACAUCCGCGAGCGGCAGACCGAGGACGACGUCUACGCCCCGGGCCUGGACAUCGAGAGCAGCCUGAAGCAGCUGGCCGAGAGGCGUACCGACAUCUUCGGUGUGGAAGAGACGGCCAUCGGAAAGAAGAUCGGGGAGGAGGAGAUCCAGAAGCCGGAGGAGAAGGUGACCUGGGACGGGCACUCGGGCAGCAUGGCACGCACCCAGCAGGCGGCCCAGGCCAACAUCACCCUGCAGGAGCAGAUUGAGGCCAUCCACAAGGCCAAGGGGCUGGUGCAGGAGGACGACAGCAAGGAGAAGAUCGGCCCCAGCAAGCCCAGCGACAUCCCCCAGCCCCCCAUCCCGUCCUCCGCCCCCAGCCUGCCCAAGCCCUCCCCGCCCAUCACCUCAGUGCCACGCCCUCCUCCGAUGCCCCCUUCUGUGCGCCCCACCCUGCUGUCGGCCGUGCCCGUGCUCCCGCGGCCCCCCAUGGCCCCCGUGGUGCGCCUGACACCCGGGCAGGUUCUAACCCCCAUGCCCCCCAUGCUGCACGCGCCUCGAAUCAACGUGGUGCCCAUGCCCCCAUCAGGGCCGCACCUCAUGGCCCCCAGGCCGCCUCCCAUGGUGGUUCCUGCAGCCUUUGUUCCCGCUCCUCCGGUUCCGCAGCCCCCGAGCUCGGCCCCAGCGCCCCUGCCCCCCGCUCACCCACCCCCGCCCCACGACGACGAGCCUGCAAACAAGAAGAUGAAGACUGAGGACAACCUGAUGCCAGAGGAGGAGUUUCUGCGCCGGAACAAGGGCCCUGUGGCAGUCAAGGUACAGGUGCCCAACAUGCAGGACAAGACAGAAUGGAAGCUGAAUGGACAGGUGCUCAACUUCUCCGUCCCGCUCACAGACCAGGUGUCUGUUAUAAAGGUUAAAAUCCACGAAGCUACAGGCAUGCCAGCAGGAAAACAGAAACUACAAUAUGAGGGUAUUUUCAUCAAAGACUCCAACUCUCUGGCCUACUACAACAUGAACAAUGGCUCCGUUAUCCAUCUGGCUCUGAAGGAGAGAGGUGGCAGGAAGAAGUGAUCACACUUUCCACCCAGGAAAACCGCUGAUGGAAUACAAUCCAUUGAUCCUGUCUUCUAUCCUGUAGAAAAUGUCAUUGUGAACACUCACGUAAUGAAAAACAAUGUCGUGCAUUAGAGUAACUCGAAUUGCGUUUAGUGAACGAGAUCAGCAGUCUGCCGUUUCCAUACAGACUUUUACAUGAUGAAAGGAAAACUAGUACCUACUGUGUUUAAUAGACUUAAGGAAUAAUAUGACAAAACUGUACUCCUUGUCUUUCUUUAAAUGAUAUCAAAAAUAAAGUAAAUACCCGUUCAAA